CCAUUCUCCCGAGUACGAUACCCGACGGCCUGCUCUGAGUGUCUCUCGUUACUGACGAUUUCUCAAAACGCACGAUUCACGACACUGUACGAUUACGACUUGGAUUCGAAGGGAGGGAGGGUUACAGCGCGAGUGCGACGCGUCUAUCAUCGGAGAAGCAUCGGAUACCUGUAAUUUGACGAACCGCCGGCAAUGGUGAAUACACUUCGCGUGGACCCGCCACCCGUGACGCCCAACUACACAAACGACCUGACCGUGAACCUACCCAAUGGCCCCGGAUCAGUUACACCAACCCGAACGGAGCCAAGUAAUAAGCGGAAGCAAACUCUGCUGUCAUUGCUGGAUGCUCUGACUGAGUUGACGAAAGAUGAAGAUAUUCAUGAGCCAGAGGGGAAGCAGACCCCUACGUACGAUGACAACAGGGAUGUGCCCAACGUGGACGAGGAUCAGGUUGUAGGAGCAGAAUCGUUCUAUAAGUUCCAGAGGCGAGUACUAAACCUCGACAAAGAACUCCGGAAUUUCGCAAACUCUGCUCGACAACUCGGAAGCUCCGUGGGCAUACUCUCGUCUUCCUUCCACCUACGAGAACGACUCGUCCAAAUCCUCUUCCUCUUCCGAGAAAACGCCGCGGACCUCUUUCCUCGCAAAGUCACCCGCCAGUCGCGCGAUGCGCUCGUCAACCCGAACUCGCGAUACACGCGCAAGCGCGUGAAAAGAAAAGCGCCGCACCAUAUCGUGCGGCCGGCAGUCUUCGACAAUCUCGAUCCCGAGGACUUCCCGGCACAACUUGAGAUGUUUGCAAAGGAUGUCAUGACAUUCUUGAAGUGUCUCAAUGAAUUCCCGGAAUUCCAGGAUGAAGCUGUCAAUGCCUCCAUAAAGGCUUUGCACGGGGACCUGAAGUACUGGGCAUCGUGCCUGAAGGCAUACGAUGGCCAAUUCAGGUAUCCUGCGGUGCAACGGUACCUGCACGACUUGACUUCGGAAAUGGGAGAACACCUCGAGUCCCUAACGUCAAAUCUAUGCUUAUUUAUUGAAGUCGGUGUACCAACUAUUAGGUUUGCGCAGAAACACGCAGCCAGCAAUCUGCUUAACCUCUCCACGGUCGCAACCUUUUUCUCCGCUGUUACUGCCACAACUCUCCAAUACUCGUACGAAAGCACCGGAACUAUUCUGGCAGAUAUGGUGAACGCCUUCUGGUUUACGUCGAUGGUGUUCAGCAUAGGGGCUGCGGUCAACAGUCUGCUUGGAGUGACAUGGAAGCAGGCCAUGUACCGCUCCCCCGGAAAUCGAGUUCCAUGGUGGGUGCUCAUAUGGAUCAAGCGAUCACCUUUGGUGUUCCUGGUCAUCUCUGUCGCAUGCUUCUCGGUCGGCCUCGUGCUGUUUACUUACUCGACUCUCCAGAACCGAGUUGUAUGCACCAUUACGACGGUCUUCACAGCCUUCAGCUCGUUCGGUCUUGCAGCAGUGUCAGCCUGGGUCGCGUCCGAGCGCUGGAUCUUUGCGCGACACAAGGGUCAGAAAUGGCUCGCGGAUGUUCUCGACCAUCUGUAUGCCAAGAUCGCCCAUUACACGGGCAUCAAAUGGCUCAGGACCACUUCGCCUGUAGUAGCCCAAGCGGUCGUUGAGAAAACGAGGGAGCCGCUGCGCAGAGCCAGCACGUCCAUAUCGCGUAUCAGAUCCUGGACCUUGAGCGCGCUCAGUCUUGACGACGAUAAGUCGGAGCCCGACACCGAGCAGACCAUUCGUGUUGUCGUCAGCCCAGAACAUCUAUCUCCCAACCCUCCUAUGUCUCCUUCAAAGCUCGUGCAGAUUGCGGAGCACCGCGAGACGCAUCCGUCCGAGUUCAAGCAACCGGCGAGCGAAAACGGACAACAGGUAGUUUCAGAAAAGGCUGAAGCUGGUCCAUCCACUGUCAAUCCGAAGCGACGUUUUGCAAACGCUGUACGGUCUGUCAUGAUGAUGCAAACAGCUUCGUCGCCCAUGUCAUCGGCUUUUCGUGCACCAAGACGGGCACGGACGCUGUCUUCUUCAGAAGGCUCCGUCUCUCGCGGCAACCCGGGACCUUUCUCUGCUGUUCGUCGCGUGGCAGCAUUAAGCCAAAGGCUGAAGAGCCUUGACGUCACCCAGGAACUUCAGCCUCACCAUGCUCUUGUACGACAUCUCCAGUUCUCUCCCGACGGCCGGUUUUUAGCUACUUCCAGCUGGGAUCGCACAUCCAUGAUCUUUCGCGUAGAGGAAGGUCUAGUGCACCAUCGUACGCUUGCGCAUCCUCAAGGUUUCGUCGGUCAAGCGGCUUGGUCUCCUACAGGUCAUCUUCUUUUGACUAAGCUGAAUCGCAGCGUCAAGAUCUGGACGCAGGAUGGUGUAUGUAGGAAGACCAUCGAUCGCCACCGUGCUAUUCAUUCUGUCGCCUGGUUCCCCGGUGGAGAAGCAUUUAUGUCGGUGGAGGGCAGCAGUGUCAUCAAAUUGGAUCUUGCUGGGAAAAUCCACGACAGCUAUGACUUUGACCGUCUCAAUCUGCACGACGUCUCGGUGACACCAGACUGCAAACGCUUAUUAGGUGUUGGUACUUUAAUCGAGUCGGCCGAUGGGCUGAAGCCAAGUAAAUCUCGAGCGGAGAAGCAGAUCAUUGUGUACAACCUAGAGCAAAAGGAAGUCGAAAACCAAGUCCCAGUGCUGCACGACGUCCGCGAUAUCACGCUUGCGAAGAGCGGAAAACUGGCACUAGUUAGUUAUGAGGACAAGGCACCUCCCCAACUAUGGCGACUCGAGACGGUUAAGGCAAAGGACAAGGAUGCAGAUAUAGUACGAUUAUCGCUACGACACACGUAUAUGCCCAAGAUACCUGUCGACUUCGCCGGGCCCAGCUACUUCGGGGGCAAAGACGAUCAACUGAUAUUCUGCGCUGGAAAAGCUGGUGACAUCCACAUAUGGGACCGCGACUCGGGGGAGCUUCUGCACUACCUUCGAGCCUCACAGGGCGCCGGCGGAGACUUGACAAGCAUUGCAUGGAACCAAGGAUCGGAUACAUUUAUGUUCGCUACCGGCAGCCACGACGGGUACCUGAAAAUAUGGACGCCUGCCGACUACACGUUGCGAGGUCGACAAGGCACACCUGGCCCAACUGGUAGCGGCACCGUCUCGCGUUCGGACUCUCCUUACGGGAUACCUGUCGAGGUGUGGACAGAUAGCCCUGCGCCUCUCCAGCAGGAAUUCGACGCUCCGCGGACCAGUCAUGACAUCUUCCCUGAGUCUGAAGGCUCUCAAGACGGGUUUACUGCUGAGAGCUCGUUCAACGGGUCCACUAUCCCUCUCAUACGGAGUAGAGAGAAAUCGGUGUCGUUUGCGAGGUAUUCAUGAAAAUCAACGACGAUUCGGAUAUAGAGGGACCUCAGUUGUCUUUAUGUAUAUAUGACCUGCACGAUUGUAACGAUACAUUAUAAAUACAGUCGACUCUGUCUUAACCCAUACCUG